CAAUAGGAAAAUUAAAUUUUUAGACUUUUUUAAAUUAACAAGUUUUUUUCCGAGAUCUAGGGAAAACAAAGGAAAGGAACUCUGAUCCCGUUGAUAGAAUGGCUGCCACUCGUCGUCUGACACGGGAACUCUCCGAUCUGGUUGAGGCCAAGAUGAGCACUCUGCGCAACAUCGAGAGUAGCGAUGAGUCCCUGCUGAUGUGGACGGGUCUUUUGGUUCCGGAAAAGGCGCCCUACAACAAGGGCGCCUUCCGCAUCGAAAUCAACUUCCCGCCCCAGUAUCCCUUUAUGCCACCAAAGAUCCUAUUCAAGACGAAAAUCUAUCACCCCAACGUGGAUGAGAAGGGGGAGGUGUGCCUGCCCAUCAUCAGCACAGACAACUGGAAGCCCACAACGCGCACAGAGCAGGUGCUCCAGGCCCUGGUAGCCAUCGUCCACAACCCGGAGCCAGAACAUCCGCUUCGUUCUGACCUGGCCGAGGAGUUCGUAAGGGAGCACAAGAAGUUCAUGAAGACGGCCGAAGAGUUCACCAAGAAGAAUGCGGAGAAGCGACCAGAGUGAAGUCAGCCGCAGCUCACAUUUAUUUGUAUAUCAAAAUUAUAUAUAGUUUGGACCAUCAAUUAAAACUUGUCAGACAU